AUGGCUUCCCAGACAGAGACAAAAUACAUUCCUGAGCCGUCUCCUUCAGCAUCACUGGCUCUAGAGUCAGAAAAGUCCAGAAAGGAGAACGAAACUUCUCUAGCCACUGUUCCUCCCCCGCCAAAUGGAGGCAUUGUUGCUUGGCUCCAGGUAUUGGGCGCAUUUUUAAUUUUCUUCAAUUGCUGGGGCGUGAUCAACACUUUUGGGGUGUUCCAGUCCUAUUAUGAAUCGACUCUACUUUCCCAGGAAUCCCCAUCGGCCAUCUCUUGGAUUGGCACGAUCCAAGGGUUUCUUCUAUUCUUGGUUGGGCUAAUCGCUGGCCCGAUUUUCGACAAAGGAUACCCUCGAAGCCUCGUUAUUGCCGGAGGGUUCCUGGUGGUAUUUGGUUUGAUGAUGACCUCGCUGUCGACGCAAUAUUACCAAGUCUUCUUAGCCCAUGGUAUCGCUGUUGGAAUUGGCUGUGGGUUUCUCUUUCUCCCUAGCGUUGCUAUUGUCGCUACAUAUUUUACUACCCGACGGGCUCUGGCAACGGGGAUUACAGCGUCUGGAGGUAGUAUCGGCUCCGUAAUCUACCCCAUCGUCUUCCACAAACUGAUCGACCGCGUGGGAUUCGGCUGGACAACCCGAAUCAUCGCCUUCAUCGCCCUGGGAGGCCUCUGCGUCUCUCUCGCCGUAAUGAAGAUGCGCCUGCCACCACCAAAACAAGCCCGCCCACUCCUCGACAUGACCGCGUUCAAAGAAGUGCCCUUCAUGGUCUUGUCAUGCGGACUCUUCUUUGUCUUCAUCGGCAUGUACUUCCCCUUCUUCUACCUCCCCAGCUAUUUCAACAACUUCCUUCACUCCAACGACGACCUCUCUUUCUACAGCCUUGCCAUUCUCAACGCCGCCUCGGUGUUCGGCCGCAUCCUGCCGGGGCUCGCCGCGGACAGCGUCGGCUCCCUCAACACGAUUAUCCCCAUGGGCGUCAUCACUGCCGUCCUGGCCUAUGCGUGGAUUGGCAUUCGGAACAUUGCGGGGACGAUCGUGUUCACUUGUAUCUAUGGGAUUUCGUCGGGGGCAAUCGUGUCGUUGCUGCCGACUAUUGUCGCGCGCCUGAGCCCAAGCAUGGGCAUUGUCGGUACCCGCAUGGGGAUGUGCUUUAUGUUCGCCGGGUUGGGUUUGUUGAUUGGGAACCCCAUUGCGGGUGCCUUGCUGGAUCUGGAGAAUGCUGUUUUCUGGAAGUCGCAGGUUUUCUGUGCUGUUAUGCUUACUGCGGGCGUGACCCUGAUUGCUGUGGUGCGGGUGUUGAAAUGGAGACAGGGAGAGGAGUGGAAGAUGUAG